GUCCUCUUUGGAGGUGAAGACAAUUCAAGAAAACUUACCAUUGAAUCUGGAAUACCAAACACUGUGGAGGAAUUCGCUCUUCAAAUAAAGACUUUGUUCCAAGUGACUGAGCCAUUCAGACUUCAGUAAAGAGACAGAGAAAUGGAUGAUCAGUUCAUGAACCUCUCGUCAACUUCAGAACUUGAAGAUAAAGCUACUGUGAAAGUUGUGCACAUACCUUCUGAGACAACCAGCUCUAAUCCACUCACAAGAGAUACCAGCUCCACAAGCCCUAGUACUAUAUCUGAUGGCAGCACCACAAUCCCAGGUACUCCUUCCAGUGUCAGCUCCUCAUCACAUGAAGCAAAUGAUUCAGACUCCUACAGCAUCAAUGAUACCAUCAUCUUGUCAUCACCCGAGACCCGGUCAUGUUCUUGGCCCAAACUCUUUGUUGUUCCUCGCUUCUCAUACUGUGCUGAGAUGAUGCUCCACACCGGAAAUAAUGAGUUCAGUGCAAACGGGACUUUGCUGUCUCCUACCCCAAAAACACGUUCUGAUAUUCUUGAGGGCCUAGCUGAAGAAAUCAUGAAGUACACAGCAUAUCCAAAGGAUGAGCAGUUAGAAGAAGUGCCCAAGGCUCUGAUACAGUCCCACCCAUGUCUACUGGAGAAAGGCACUCGCAGUGGCUGCUGUGGUUGGAAGCACUACUUGAAAAUAAAGAUGAUGAACUUCAGAUCAAAGCUCAGCCAAGCUGGAUAUCCUGAGGUUGCAGUCAGCUCUCUGAAGAAUAAACGGAAUGGCCAGGAGAAGCCAGCAGCCAACAUUAAAAAGCCCAGGAAGGCAGAAGUGAAUUUCUGUCCAAACAUGCCCAGAGGUGAAACGAGAGAGUAUGAAGGCGGAAAGGGCGGCUCUACUGACAGAGGUAAAAAAGAAGAAGGAUGA